UCCAGCCAAUGAGAGAGUGGAGUGUGCAAGGGGAGCUCAGGUGGGCGCGAGGUUUGCGCUAGAGUUUAUGUGCGUCUCGCGGAACGUUUGUUAUUCACGCCACAGUCGUGUGCGUCUCCUCCGUAUCAUGUCUCCCCGAGUUGGGCACGCGGCUGCGCUCGAAUGGGUAAAAGAGGGACGGGACGGUGGUGACUGAAGACUGGAGGGAGGCAUUGCCGUUUCGUGCUUGUGUGUUUAUUUGUUUGUUUUCGGGGGGCGCCGGUAUGGAAAUGAGCGUGCGCAACUCGCUUCCUGACGGCAAAGCGGACGGGCUCGGAAGCCGCAACGGCGAUACGACGGACAUCACGGUGUCGCUCUCGCACCCAGGCAAGCGGAUGAGCCCGAUCGAGGGCGGCAGUUUGUACCGCCUCAGAGACAGAAAGUUCCUGCUCGAGGACAAGCGGCGCCUUUGCGCGUGCGCGCUCGGAGCCGCUCUCCUCGGCAUCCUGCUCAUGAUUCUGCACGCCGAGCUCUGUCCCGCCGUUUACCUGCCGGGCUCCAUCUAUGCCCUCUGCAUAAACUGCCUCAUCAGCUUCUCCACUGGCUGUCUGCUCAUCCUUAUCAUUGCCUUCCAUUACAAAGACAUCCGGCUCUUCAUCAUAGACCACAACCAGGUGGACUGGCGCAUUGCCAUGACCACCAACCGUGUGCUUUGCAUUUCUCUGGAGCUUCUGGUCUGUGCCCUCCACCCAGUGGGCAUCUACUUGGGCCCCUUGACUUCAGCGACAAACUCUUCCUCCUCCUCCACUCUCCUCCCAGUUCCGACACCGCUGUGCCUCUGCAGCAGUCCCAUGGAGGCCUGGCUGGAGUUGGAGCUACUGCUAUCAGCACUGAUGUUCUUGCGCCUGUAUCUGGUACACCGGGCCAUUCUGCUUCACAGCAAGGUGCUGCUGAGUGCCUCUUACAGGAGCAUCGGCUCACUCAACAACAUCAACUUCACUUUCCGCUUCGUUCUCAAGGUACUCAUGAACAAGUACCCGGCACGCACGCUCCUGGUUUUUAUCAUGCUCUUCUGGUUUACCUCUGCCUGGAUGCUACGGCUGUGUGAAAGGCAGGCCCAGGUGGAGACGGGUGGUAUGGGUACAGCUCUCUGGCUCAUCGCUAUCACCUUCCUUACAGUAGGUUAUGGAGACGUGUCUCCCUCAACCACCUGUGGCAAAGUGGUCUGCCUCUUCGCAGGGGUCAUGGGUGUAGCGUGCACUGCUAUGUUAGUUGCAGUUGUGACGAAGAAGCUGGCACUGAACAAAGGAGAGAAACAUGUUCACUUUUUCAUGAUGGAUAUCCAGAUCUCUAAAGAGAUCCGCAAUGCUGCUGCAAAUGUGCUGAGGGAAUGCUGGCUUCUCCACCGCACCAUACAGGCCAGGGACAAGCACAGCGAACACCGACGCCACCAGAGAUGCUUGCUGGAGGCCAUCCGUAUAUUUCGUCACCUGCGGCUGAAGCAGAGAAAACUGAGGGACUACACAAGUGAGAUGGUGGACCUCUCCAAGAUGCAGAUGAUCAUGUGUGAUCUGAGUGCCAACUGGAACAACUCAUACCGAGAACUGGAGCAGCGCAUCAUCUCUAUGGAGCAGAAGCUGGAUGAGUUGGGCCAGUCGUUCCAGAGCACAUCCGAGCUGCUGAGCCAAGCACUGCAGCGCCGCCACCUUGUCCACAGGUGACGUGGCAUAUUUCUCCUACGAAACACUACAGCGGAGGCUCAGAUCAAAACUGCACAAAGCUACUUGGAUCAGCAUAAAUGGAGGACUUAUGAUUUAUUUUUCCACAGACCUCCGGGGCUGUAGUGGCUACAUGGACUUUUUUGUGAACAAAUUAUUGUGAAAACAGAUUAUUGCUGUUGAAUAUGGGACUAUGACAAAAAUCAAAUGUAUUUAUGACAAUAUUUAUGUGUAUCUAUAUCUGCAACACUGAAAAAACAAAAGGGAAGGGGUUCAGUGUUUGAUGCUUUGAAGGUUUAGUGAAACUGUGUUCCUAUUUAAAUUCCAUAUUGCUUUAAAAGUCAAAAUGGUCUUAAAGCUUUUGAGCCCACUCCAGCAGGUCCAGUUUAGGGCCAGUACAGUCCACUUAGGCCAAGUCUAUGACCAAGAACUGUUUUUAUUUCAUCAGUUAUCAUUAACUGAUUUUGCCCAGCUGUGUUUAUUCUUUAAAGAAUGCAUUAUUAAAACUGAGACUAAUGUUUUUGCUGUUUGAAAUCAUGUAAGAACGACAUCUGUCUGGAUAUCCUGUUUGCUUACCAUUUACUUCACUUAAAAUGUUGUAAAGCCACACAUUUCCUUCAAUGCACCAUGUUACACUUAUCAUUGACUCAGUUACUAUGGUCCUCUCUAAGUUUGUGGGUUGAACUCCAGGUAUGGCAUAAAAGCAAAUUUAAAUAAUGAUCAGCUUCCAAAAUUCUCUGUUUUCAAAUUCUAAAGGGAUUUAGGAAGGUUACUUCAGUGGCUUUCAUGUUUCAAGGAAAUGUAGUAGCUCCUUCCAGACAAUCCAUGUCUUCCAUUCAAUCCAUAUCUGAUUUAAAGUUUAAAAAAUUGAAAACAAUGAAUAAAAUACAGCAUUUUUUUUUUGUUUCAGGCAACAAUCUAGACUAACAUUUGAUGUUUUACAGCAUUGGCCUAUAUUCUGAAUUUUAGAUGAAUUUUACAGUUCUAGAACCUUCUAGAAAUGGCAGUGGCCAGGUUGAGUUAAAUUUGUUGAUGCCACAAUAUCACUGUAUUUAUAUAUGUAUAUAAAUGUAUGCAGUGGUCAAAUUGUAAGAAAAAAAAGUGUUGCCAAAUCUAGCUAGGGUAGUUUUGUGACCUAGUCUAAAAUAUACCUUACAGUAGUUAAAUUGCAAAUUCAAAUUGAAAUACACUUAACGUUUUGUGUUGCAAUUACAGGGUUGGAGGCUUUUUAAUGAUGUAAUAACCCUAACCCCCUGUGAAUUUUCUCAUUUUUUCUGACAGAAGAGCGAAGUAUUCAGGCUGCAGCCUAGACUUUGGAUUGUAGCCAUUAUUGAUAAAUAGAAAACCAGUUAUUAUUGCAAAAAUAUUUUGACUUAGUUCAGAGGAAAAUGGUCUGUUUAAUUUGCCAGGAAUUAGUUGCUGUAAUGAAGCAAUAUAACUGAUGUGUAAAUUUAUUUAAAAAUCCUUAAUUACACAGCACUAAUCAAACAGAACAAAAAGUACUUAAAACUAACAUGUUAAACCAGUCACAAGAAUUAAAAGCCAUAAUGGCAAUGGUAAUAAUGGCAAUUAAGCAUGGCAAUUUUUUUUUUAACUACUGACAGAUAAGCAGUAGCAUGUGGCUCUGUAUUCCCCCAUUUGGUGCCCAAGAUAAAAGUAAAGACACCCUUGUAUCAGUAGUAGCACUUUCAAUAAAUAACUAUGACUUAUAUUAGUAAAGAAUGCUAUAAUCCUGUCUGAGACAUAUAAUUUGACAAAACUGUUUUUCCAUAACUGUGGAAAUAAAAAUAGUUCUUGUAACCACAAA